AUGCUCGUAUUCAAGGCCUUUCUCGCUCUUGUCCCUCUCGUCGCCUCUCUUCCCGUCGAGCUCGACACCAGAGCCGGUACGACAUGCGGUGGUGUCUUUUACACCUCGUCUGAGGUGUCUGCUGCCUCCAACCAAGCGUACAACUACUACAAGAGCGGAACCCAGGUUGGCUCCAACAACUAUCCCCACGCAUACAACAACUACGAGGGGUUUAACUUCGACGUCUCUGGUCCUUACCUUGAGUUUCCCAUCAAGAAAGGCGGUGUUUACACUGGCGGUUCCCCUGGCGCUGACCGCGUUGUCAUCAACACCAGUGGAGCGCACGCUGGAGACAUCACGCAUACUGGUGCAAGCAGUAACAACUUUGUUGGCUGCAGUGGCACGAGCUAG